AUGAAAGCCAACAGUUCUACCUUGAUCAAGCUUCUGGUACUCCUGUGCCUAUCAGUACUUUCUGUUUCACAGGACUUCGACUUCUUCUACUUUGUUCAACAGUGGCCAGGAUCAUACUGUGACACAAUGACAAGUUGCUGCUACCCAACAACUGGAAAACCUGCGGCUGAUUUCGGCAUUCAUGGAGUUUGGCCCAAUUACAAUGACGGGACAUACCCAAAAAACUGUGAUGCUAGUAGCCCCUACGAUCCAAAAAAGGUUGCAGACCUAAGGAGCGGUAUGCAAAAGAAUUGGCCAACGCUGGCUUGCCCAAGCGGCACUGGAGUAGCCUUCUGGACACAUGAAUGGGAAAAGCAUGGGACGUGCUCCGAGUCUCUUCUUGACCAACAUGGAUACUUCCAAGCAGCUCUCGAUUUGAAAAAGCAAGUUAACCUCCUUCAGGCACUAACAAAUGCAGGAAUAAACCCAGAUGGGGGAUCUUACAGCUUGAGCAGUGUCAAGAGUGCUAUACAAGACGCAGUAGGAUUUACUCCAUGGAUAGAGUGCAAUACUGAUACAUCAAGGAACAGUCAACUUUACCAAAUUUACCUGUGUGUGGAUGCUAGUGGGAAAAAUCUCAUUGACUGUCCAGUGUUUCCCAGAGGAAAAUGUGAUCCAGAAAUUGAGUUCCCUUCUUUUUAGAUCCGUAAUUGAGACUAAAUUAAUGUAUUUCCUUUCGUGUCUUGUUUACUGAUAAUCAGUUGAUCUUAGUCUUACCAGUGUAUUUGU